GCGAUGCGCAUGCUGUUCGCGGUGAAGAUGAAAUCUAUACCCCCGAAAGUUGAAGCGUAGCAAUGACUGGUAGAGUGUGAGAACACAUGGUAUUAUUUUCAACAUUGUGCGGCAGUGUCGUUACGUUACAUCAUUUCUUUGUCAUCACAUAAGCUAGUAUCCAGUUGAUGCUUGGAUAGUUGAAGAAUCGAUAUAUCGACAAAAAUAUACAAAAAAUUUCUGUAUCGUCGACCUGUAUUUUGCCAUCUCCGCAAAGACGCUCGACCGUAAAACACUAACAUCGUAACUGCCUGCAUUACCUGUCAUAUCGGAAGCGUAAUGAAGUUCACUGCAAUAUCUCUCGGACUCUGGCUAACAAGUUUCCUAUGUGUCGUUAAAUUGACAGAAGGUGCGAGAAUCUUGGCGAUGGUUGUAGUGCCCUCCUACAGUCACCAAAUAGCGUUUCAAUCGCUAUGGGCCGCUCUUAGCCAACGAGGACACCAAGUCGUUGUUUUCACGACGGAUCCGAUUGGCGACCCCAGCUUGACGAAUUUGACGGAGAUCGACUUUCGACAUACAUACGAUAUAUUCAGGAAGAUAGAUUAUGCUAAACUAAGAUACAGCCAUAAUUGGCUGAGCAUAAUGCAGGAUUAUUUACAGGAUAAUUUUGAGGCAAUAGUAGAGGAAAUAUUUAAGCAUCCGAAAGUACGUAAACUGUAUGCACCGAACAGCGGUGAAAAGUUCGACGUAGUACUUGCUGAAGUAAUAACAUCACAUGGCCUCUACGCCUUGGCGCACAGAUUUAAUGCUCCUCUAAUUGGUUUAUCAUCGUUACCGUUGCAGAAUAACCAUUAUUAUCAUCUCGGUUCGCCCAUUUUACCAUCGCAUCCUUCGACUUGGGAAAUGGAGGAAGUUACCGGUUUUAAUCUAUCAUUGUGGCACAGGAUAAAGAAUUUUAUUCGACUGUGGCGACAUAUACAUUACGUACUUAACCAUUAUAUGCAGCGACAGCAAGCAAUAGCGGAAAAAUACUUGGGCAAAGGUAUACCUAAUGUAAAUGAAAUGGAAAAGAAUAUGAGUAUUAUGUUGGUCAAUCAACAGGAGAUUACCAUGUUCAUCAGACCACUACCACCGAAUCUGAUACAAUUCGGAGGUUUACAUAUAAUGAAGAAUCCCGCACCAUUGCCAAACGAUUUGCAACAAUUUCUGGACGACGCGCCGAAUGGAUUCAUCUAUGUGAGUCUAGGCACAAACGUAAUAAUGACGUCCUUUCCAACAUAUGUGCUACGUGCGUUUUACGAGGUUUUUGCGAGUUUGCCGUACAAAAUAGUAUGGAAAUUUAAUGGACAAUUGCCGGAAAAAUUUGAUAAUAUUUACACCGCUACGUGGCUCCCUCAACAGAGCAUUCUCGCUCAUCCGAAAAUUAAACUAUUCGUGUAUCAAGGCGGAUUUCAAAGCACGCAAGAGGCUGUCCAUUAUGCAGUGCCACUUUUAGGGAUACCAAUGUUAGUCGAUCAGUACGGUAAUGUGAAUAGAAUGGUAUUUCUUGGCGCUGCAAAGAGUUUAGAUAUUACUAGUUUCUCGGUAAAGGAACUGAACUCAUCUAUUAUGGAUAUUUUAACAGAUGGAAGAUACAAAGAGAGAAUGCUCGAUGUUAAGGCAUUGAACGAUGAUAAGCCUUAUGACAUGCUGAAGCACGUAAUUUGGUGGAUCGAGUAUGUGAUUCGUCACAGGGAUGUUUCUCAUCUUCACACCAGUAUCAAACAUGAUCCUUGGUACGAGAGGUACGACAUGGACGUUAUAGCAGUCUUAUCGAUCGUAACAUUUGUAAUAUUAGUGUGCGCAUUGGUGAUUAUAUAUAAAAUGCUAAAAAUAACGUUGAAAUGUUUCUACAAGAGAAAGGCAAUUAAUAUUAAGGAAAAAACUACUUAACGUUAACGUAGCGCAAUUAAUCACAAUUAUGCGCAAUUGCGUUGGACACCUCAAAAACACUUUAACAAGUCUCAUUUUUCUUUCCUUUUUCUUCGAAUUUAGUCUGAAUUUUUUGUCCUCACCCUUUCUACUUUCGUAUUUCUCCUAUAUUUCCAUUUUUGUUGUAUCUUAUUCAUAUAUAAUUUUGUUAUAUCUUAUUCAUAUAUAACAAAGUUUAUUUAACUUUUAUACAACAAAAUUACAUCUAGUUAAACAAAUGCGAGCAAUUGGUCUCUCUCUUCUCGCUUAAAAAAGUUGCAAAAUAUGACGCGUUCGCAAUUGUUUGGUCAAAUUAGACAAAUCCGUUACGAAUUAUUACGUUAGAUUUAAUUUGACUCGUAGGACACCGUUCUUUGACGCAGAAAUUGUUAUUGCGGUCUUAUUUCGUUGUUGUACCUCGAAGCACAUAUUUAAUGUUUUUAAAUAAAACCGAGCAAAUGUAUCAUUUGCAAGCAUAAAUAUUCAAAGUUACCGCUUCUAAGUUGGCGUAUAAUGAAUGUACAAUGAAUGUAUAAUGAAUGUAUAAUGAAUGUAUUUACGACGUGGUAAAUAAGUUGCAUAUUAUACUUGCGUUGGGACGAUUGCUGUUACUGAUUGUCAUUAUCAGAAACAACCGAGACAAAAUAUGAAGUUCAGCGUUCAAAGUACACCAUAUUAUGUCAGACGAAAAUAUCAAGCGGAUCAAGUGUGAUAUUACGAAAACAGGUAAUUGAAUAUAUCAGUAUGCUAUCGCUACUGUUGUAACGACAUUUUAUCAUUCAUUAACCUGUCUGAAAUAUUUAGAAGAUCUUUAUGUGUAAGAAUCAAUAAAGUAUCGGUAAAAUAAUGAUUGAUCAGCCUUUCCCCGUUACCCUAAAGGUUGUAUAAUUUGUAACAAAUUACUCCUCGUCGUCGACUGCACGUGUAACACUGCGCAAUUGCAGCGUUCGGAUCGUAGAAUUCUAACUUCAUACUGCUGUCGUCGAUAAAAUG